UAUAUACACGUGGCCCGAAGCGUCCCCGCCAUGUUCUCACUGUGUUUUGUCGUCAACGAUGAAAGUUGUGACAACUUCAAAUGCGGUCAAUCGCCAGACUGGAGGACACGGAGAAUUAUUACGUUUUCGAUGCAGCGUCGUGCAACGAUUGAGUGGUUACCGGUCUCCAGUUCAACAUACAAAGAGGUGCACAGAGAUAUACUGCCAAUCACGUCGCGGAAGGACACGGAGAAUCGACAUGUUUUCGAGGCAACGUCGUGCACCGCUCGCCUUAUUUUUAAUGUGAUCAUAUUAGAGAAGAUGAGAGAGGGGAGAGAAAGAGAGACUGCGAGAGACGAGGGCGAGCGCGAGGGCGAGCGAACGACAGAGAGACUGCCGGGCAGCAACCAGCGCUGGUCCGGCGUCGCCAUGGAGACGACUUGGCUGCCAUCGAUGCUAGUCUGGCGUCUCCAAGGCAACCACCAGGCCAGGCCGCUAGGGUUGCUAGCGCAGCGUCUCCACGGAGACCGGCAAGCCGCUGUCGUCACAGAAACCACUAGGACACAGACGUUGCUAGAAGCCACAGCGUGA